AUGCCCAAGGAGGGGAUUACCACAGAGUUGGAUAUUGGAAGUGAUGAGGAAAAUGUCGAAGGUAAAGCCGGUGAGAGCUUGGAUGUUACUGAGUAUGAUGAUCAAAAUGAUGAAAAUGAGGCCUUUGAGGGCUUCCGCCGGGAACAAAUCCGAGGCAGUUCCGCCCUUCUAGCAGCAGCUGAUCCAGAUGGUCAAGUUGAAGUCCAUGAUACGUACGAUGACUGCUACGCGGUGUACGAGCAAAGUUUAGCUGAACUUAGUGAACACCUCCAGACCGCAACUGUCACUCCGACUGCGCAACCAGUCGUCCAGGUGCCAAUGUCCAACGGUUGCCGCCUUCCUCCAUGUGACACGGAGGUUUUCAGUGUGAACUACCAGCAGUGGCCUAUGUUCCGAGACCGGUUCACCGCCAUCUACAUUAACAACGCCAGGUUGGCUCCGGUGGAGAAAUUAUACCACCUCAACCAGAAAACGAGCGGUGAAGCCCACGACAUAGUAGCACAGGCUCCGCUCACGAAUGAUGGGUUUGAUUCCGCCUGGAACAACCUUCGUGAGCGUUUCCAAAAUAAAAGGCUGAUACUCAAAGCCCAGCUGAAGAUCCUUUUCAGCUUGCCUUCCAUCCGAUCUGAGCCUGGAGCUGCCUUAAAGAAGCUCCAGAGCUGCUUUGAAGAUGGCGUGUUAGUAAACCUCAUUACCGCGAAGUUGCCAAAGGCAACCGUGGAGCUUUGGGAACAAUCGGUUCCGAACAAGUUCGAGGUUCCGACAUGGCGCGCCAUGGUCAAGUUCUUAGGGGAGGGAUACCUCUCUCUCGAGGCGACCGAGGACGGUCAUUCAGGCAUCGAGAGAUACUCCAAUCCCCGUACGGGCCUUUCCACUCCUGCACCUCGACGAGUCAACUCCUUUGAAGGGAGAAUCUCCAACAAGCUUCGCCUCACCGUACAGGAGCGGUCAACCUACAUCCAGCAGAAACAACUCUGCUUAAACUGCUUCGCGCGAGGACACCAACUCCGGGACUGCACCAGUGCGUCCAACUGCCGUACGUGCAAUGGGCGACACCACCCCCUCCUUCAUUGGGGCGAGCAGACUCCGAGUGUGUCCAACUGUCACAGCACGUUAGGCUCUACCAUCAUACAGCUCACUUCCUCUUCUCUUCCUUCGUCCAACGACUCGGCCUAUGUCCAGAGCUAUUGUUCUACAAAGGUCCACCAGAUGCUACUGGGCACAGCAAUAGUGGACAUUUGUCAUGCCGGCACAAGAUACAAGGCUAGAGCACUGAUCGACUCCGGAUCUGAGGCCACAUUAAUUACUGAGCGGAUGUUCAAAAUCAUUCGGCCACCCUUUCAAGCCAUCCAGGCUCAACCCUCCGGUUUGAGUCAAACGGUAGCGGCCAAGGCCCAGAAACUCUGCCACUUCAUGAUCGGCUCCGCCUUAAGGCCCGGCCUCCAGGUCGAGACCAAGUCGUAUGUUCUUCCGCAAUUGGCAGCGGACCCCUCCUUUCAUCGCAGCUCGCAGAUAGACGUGCUUAUAGGCGCUGAUAUCCUUCCAUCCAUCCUUUUAAGCGGCUUCCGGUCCAACAUUUGUGGCUCGCUCUUGGGCCAAGAGACUAUCUUCGGAUGGGUCCUAUCCGGUCCUGUCGCAGCUGACUCGUCUCGAAUGAUCUCUUCUUUCACCACAAAGAUCUCGGUCCGCUCUGACGUCCGACUCGAGAAACUUCUCAUAAAGUUUUGGGAGGUGGAGGACCUUCCAGGGAGAAAUACGAGCGAGUCAGACUCCAUUUGCGAUGACAAUUUUCUCCAGACCACGCAGCGAGGUCCCGACGGGAGAUACAUCGUCACUCUUCCAUUCAAUUGUCCAGAGAAUAUAGACUUGGGCUACUCCAGGCCUUCGGCUCACGCCCUGUUUCUGAAAAACGAGCAGUGUCUGCAGCAAAACUUGCCUCUCAAGGAGCAGUACGACGCCGUCAUUCACGAGUAUUUAGAGCUAGGCCACAGGAAAGAGGACAUAUAG